UCCGCGAUAGGAAGAAGAGCACCCGUUUACCAGCUGCCGGCCUCUAGCCAAGCCGGACGGGGCGGUUGAUUUUGAAGACCGUGGCAGUGAGACGAACCUUUUCACAGGCUGCAAAUUCCUCGACUUACCAGGCGCGUCGUCGUACACUACAUACUCGUCAAUAUAUACCGGUGUGUCAACGCGGUCGUGAGGCCGUUGUUUCUACGACUUGGUUUCAUCUCAGAGAGAAAACUCGGCGAUUCUUUGCUUCCGGCUCAUCCUCUUCUCUGAUUCAAUACAGCAGACGAGCGCUCCGGAAAUAAAAAGAUGAGCGCGUUGUUCAGGGCAUCCUGGACCCAGAGGGUAUUAUCCAUGGAGUCAGAUAAUGUGCGCCGCCAUAAAUGUGUGGAACAUAGGCUCAGCGCGCUGACCGACGACAUCUUAAUCUCUAUCUUGGUGAGAGUCGACAUUGCUACGGCAGCAAGAAGUAGCGUUUUGUCAAGGCGGUGGAGAAACUUGCCGUGGUUACUUCCUGAUCUCAAAUUUCAUGCCAUGAACCUCCUUAGCGCCCCAUGCGGAGGAGUCACACGCCACAUUGACCAAGCAAUGGCGUCUCUGGCUAGAGCUACUAGCAGCUUCUUCGCUCAGCCACGCAGGAAACACACCAAUAAAAAGCUAUGCCUUGAGCUCUAUCUCACCGGCAACUACUCGCAUGACAUCGGCCUGCUGGUCGGCAACGCUAUUGACAGUGAGAUGGUAACAGAUUUGGAACUCCCCAUUUUAACCGAGAAGAAGCCAGAGGACUCUGCACACGAGGUUAUGGUGCAGCAAGCUCAGGAUAUGGAUGGAUUUUUCAGUGCAUACCCUAGCGUUCUUCUUUGCCUCACAAGGCUCCAUCUACAAAAUAUUCGCUUGGCCGAACGGGACAUGAAUCACCUUCUGUUCGACUGCUGCAAGCAAAUGCUGCACCUUCGUCUGGACCACUGUGACACCGGGGACUGUUCUGUAUGGAAGAUCAAUGCGCCACAUUCGAAUCUCAGAGUUCUAGAAGUCUACUUAUCCAAGUUGAAAAAAGCUGAGGUGCUCUGCCUUCCAAAACUAGAGCGGGUCCGUUGGCAGGCUUGGUUGUUUUACGAGGCCCCCUUGUGUUUUGGUUCCGUCCCGUCACUCAAGGAAUUAUCCCUCAUCUGUGACGCAUCUCUCAUUCACCAAGACUUUAGUUUAAGCCAGGUUCUAGACGGUGCCACAAACAUACAUACUUUAACCUUAAACUUUCGAGGAGAAAAGGUAAUUUUAGCCGAUAGCUGUUAUAUUGUGCUUUUGUGCUAUUUCGUACGUACAAACUUAAUGUUGGACUAG